AUGGACUCCAUCAAAACCAAUAACGUCCCUCAACCCACGAAAGAAUCCAAGCCCAUGACCAGCGUGGAAGAAUACCAGCGCCGAUGGGCCCAACUCAUGGACGACACAGCCAAGCAAAUCCAAAAGAUUCGAGGUGCGCAAUUCCGAUUCUCCGGCGUCCCUGAAUGA